UACAGCAUCUCCUGGAACCCAAUCAUAUCUGGUCGGUCCAUCAAGUCUCCGCUAUUACCUGUACACAAUCAGGAGCGGAUCCAGAAAAAUUACUUCUUGGUACCUACACUCCACGAUAAUGACAGACCUAGCCGCCCACCGCGUCUCCCUGGACCUGACACAUGUGAUCUAUAAUGCGUCCUCAGAUACUUCGUUUGUACUUGCACUGCUGUCGCUGAGUCCAAUCCUUUUGAUGCCUGCGUUUGCGAUACUCACAGUACAAACACGUGAAUUGACUAUCAUCAAUAUGUGGGCAGGACAAUUCCUUUCAGAGGGACUGAAUCUACUGUUGAAGCGCAUUAUUAAACAAGAGCGUCCAGUUGAUAGUCAGCUUCACCUUAAUGGCUACGGCUUUCCCUCAUCGCACAGCCAGUACAUGGGCUAUUUUUCCGCAUUCCUGAUCUGUCACAUGUAUUUUCGACACCGGUUUGCAUCCACAGGAUCCGUCGUACUCGAUCAGCUUUUCCGAAUGGUGGUCUACCUUGGGCUAGCUGCAUGGUCCGGCAUCGUUGCCUAUUCAAGACUCGACUUGCUGUACCACACCCCUCAUCAAGUCAAAUGGGGCCUAGGAAUUGGCAUUGCACUGGGCGUUUUACAUUAUGUGUUUACCGAACUCCUCCCAGCUAAAUUCCCGAACUCUAUCUUUGGACGAACCCGAUCUGCCAUAGUAAACCAUCCAAUAAGCGUGUGGCUACAGCUAAGGGAUGGUUGGGCCAUCUGGGCGGAUGGAGGCAGGGAAACUGAGUGGAUACGGUGGAGAACUGAAUGGCUGAAGCGGCAUGCACGUCUCGCAGAAAGGAAGACGACGUGAGCCUCACUGCCAAACACAUGUAUUCAUCGUAAUACAUACUAGGAUCUGUACACAUCAUGAUCUACUCUCGCACCGGCGAAAAAAAUGAUUUCCUCGUGCAAGCACCUUGCAGGCGCUUAAUAACCAUCUUAGGCAAUUUGAUAUCAUUAUCAACCUGGGCA